CACCAGUAGACUGUUUCAAGUUCCCCCAACAGAAACUGUGCCUGAUUUGUGGCCAAUGCUGGAGAUGUACGAAAAGGGAGGAAAACACUAAGCGGGUAGCUAUGGAGAUAGACCGUUUUCCUGGCCGCUUCCUUUGACAGGUGUUGAGUAGGUUAAAAGUCUUCAAACAGAGUCCACCAUGUACGCCAAAGGGAAAGGAGCUGUCGUUCCAUCCGAUAGUCAAGCCAGAGAGAAAUUAGCUUUAUACGUGUACGAAUACUUGUUGCAUGUUGGGGCCCAGAAAUCAGCACAGACCUUCCUUUCCGAGAUCCGAUGGGAGAAGAACAUUACGCUAGGAGAGCCUCCUGGAUUCCUCCAUUCAUGGUGGUGUGUAUUCUGGGAUUUGUACUGUGCCGCUCCAGACCGCCGGGAGACCUGCGAGCACUCCAGCGAGGCCAAGGCCUUCCACGACUAUAGUGCAGCAGCAGCCCCCAGCCCCGUAAUGGGCAACAUGCCCCCCAACGACGGCAUGCCAGGCGGACCCAUGCCCCCUGGUUUCUUUCAGGGGCCUCCCGGCUCGCAGCCGUCACCACACGCACAGCCUCCCCCACACAAUACCAGCAACCCCAUGAUGGGACCACACGGCCAGCCUUUUAUGUCUCCACGGUACCCUGGUGGACCUCGGCCGUCUCUUCGCAUGCCAAAUCAGCCUCCUGUAGGAGUUCCAGGAUCACAACCACUCCUGCCAAACAGUUUGGACCCAACCAGACCACAAGGACAUCCUAACAUGGGCGGUCCGAUGAGAAUGAAUCCUCCCAGGGUGAUGGGUGGCAUGGGCCCUCAGAACUAUGGUGGUAUGAGGCCUCCUCCCAACUCUCUAGGUGGUCCAGGCAUGCCCGGAAUGAACAUGGGUCCUGGAGGACGUGGCCCAUGGCCAAACCCGAAUGCUAACUCGAUAGCAUACUCCUCCUCGUCUCCAGGCAACUACGUGGGUCCUCCAGGAGGAGGUGGUCCACCAGGAACUCCCAUAAUGCCAAGCCCAGGAGACUCCACAAACUCCAGUGAAAAUAUCUACACGAUGAUGAACCCUAUUGGACCAGGAGGAAACAGACCCAAUUUCCCCAUGGGUCCCGGUCCAGAUGGCCCAAUGGGCGGCAUGGGUGGCAUGGAACCCCAUCAUAUGAACGGAUCGUUAGGCUCUGGUGACAUGGAUGGGUUGCCAAAGAACUCCCCCAACAACAUGGCAGGGAUGAACAACCCACCGGGCACACCGCGGGAUGAUGGAGAAAUGGGAGGAAACUUCCUCAACCCAUUCCAAAGUGAAAGUUAUUCACCCAACAUGACGAUGAGUGUGUGAUUUCUUCUUGUUUUGUUUUAUUUGGGGUUUUCUUUUUCGUUUCGUUUUCAAACCCCCUCCGACCGCCCCCGUUCCUUUUUUAACCCCGUCCCCCCUUCACGUCGAUCAAUCCCCGGCACCCUCUGCCCACGGAACUCUGGCUUUUUCUGCACAGCCUUCUGGGAUGCCCCACGAGCAGAGGACUCACAUGAAAGUGGCCCAUCCCAGCUUGUGCAAAAUGGCCACCGGCAACAGGAAACAGUCCCAGAGCCACAGGAAGAGCUUGUUGACUGAAUCUCCCUGCCUCCCGGACUUCCUCUCUGGUUCAGGACACUAACAGGGCUGAACACACAGGAAGGCAGGUGUGUGUUUGAGCAGACACACGCUUCACCGGGCUGCUCACUUUAUGAUCUUUAUGAACUCACUCCACUUUUUUGAUUCGUUUUUUUAAUCUUGAAUGGAUGCAGUCGUUUUUACAGUGGAAAUUAUCUGCACCUUUUUCCUCCAUUUUAUUGUGUAAAUGCAAGAGGAAACUCGUUACGAUGGGUUCGGCAAUGAACGUUUUCAUUAUUCUGUGUAUGUAUUGUAUUAUUAUCAAUUGUUGAUUUUAUUUUUAUUAAUAUUGUAAUGAUGGUUACUGAUUAGGUUUCGAUCUUUUUUUGAAAGGGGCACAUUGUAUGUAAACCACAAAUUCGACAGAAAAAAAGCACACAUCCAUAAUGCACAAUAACAGUGUCAUGACUUUUGCAGGAAGUCUACACUACGUUUUGUGUUUGCUGUGAAAUCUUACCUCCCGCAGAUUAAAAAGGUAGCCGUACCUUUUCUUCUACGUCUCUAGUAUACAUCUAUAUACAGGAAAUGUAGUUUCAUUGUCCCUGUUGAGUGAACGUCUGAGACCAUGAGGCGCGAGGCCCAAACCAGCAGCGACUGUAACCUCCUCAGACCAGCCUGUGCAUCCAACAACACGUUUUGGAGUCUCAAUCUAUCUGUAGAGAGGAAGUGAUGUCAUACCAGAGCCGGAAACAUGCGGUUAUACAACUAACUAGUGCUAAACUUGACAGAUGUCUGCUCACCGUGAUUCACAACUUAUUUAUUUGUUGUUUUUGUUCAUGAAUUGAUUUAUCGUGCACACGUCUCGCAUGCGACCCGUCAGGACAUAUUGUACACAUGUAAAUAUGCCAGUCUAAGAUACCUCUUGAAGAUUUGUAUCAUUCUGUCCCUCCCCAGAGGCCCACAUGCUUUCCUUCUGCAUGAAUCUGAACAGGGUGUCUCUAGUCACACGACAUUACAAACGAGGAUCCUGUUGGCUCGGUGCUCAUCAUACUGGAGAUUUUUUCGGGUGUGCUAAUAGAGCCCUCCUCCUCAAACACAUUUUGUUAAGUAUGUGUUCUGUGUUACGUCUAAUCAACUUCAAAAACGUGAGAUGUCAGCCACAUCCAGGGCUUAUUUUUCUGAGCUUAUUAGAUAAGGGGAUAGUAAUAGGAUGUCCAGGGACUACUGAAUGAGGGAUACAUGGACUAAAUGUGCUCACAGCCUGUGUGUUUCAUAAUAUUAACAUGCAUUUUUUUUCAUUUGUCUUUUGCGUUUGGUUUUUUAAAGGGAUAGUCCAUCCAAAAAUGAAAAUGCUGUCAUUUACUUGCGUCGUUCCAAAACUGUGACUUUCUAACUAAAGAGUUUUGAUUGCCAUUGACUUACAUUGUAAUUUUUGUCUAUACAAUGAAAGCCAAUGGGAACUUUUUGGUUACCAACCUUCUUCAAAAUAUUCUUAAAGAAGGUCUUCAGUCUUAUUUUGUUAAAGAAGAUAUUUUGAAGAACAUUGGUAACCAAACAUAUUUUAGAUAUUUUAUGGAAGUCAGUGGGAACCAAAACUGUUUGGUUACCAACAUUCUUCAAAAUAUAUAUGUAGAAUAAUUUUAUAUAUAUAUAAAAUGUUUUAAUCUAUCUUGUUAAAGAAGAAUUUUGAAGAAUGUUAGUAAAUAAACCAUUUUGGUUCCCAUUGACUUCAAUUGUAAUUUUUGGCCAUACAGUGUAACUCAAUGGGAAUGGAAACUGUUUGGAUACCAAUUCUUCAAAAUAUUCCUAAAGAAGUUGUUUUAAUCUAUCUUGUUACAGAAGAAUUUUAAAGAACGUUAGUAAAUAAACCAUUUUGGUUCCCAUUGACUUCAAUUGUAAUUUUUGGCCAUAUAGUGUAAGUCAAUGGGAACAGAAACUGUUUGGUUACCAAUUCUUCAAAAUAUUCUUAAAGAAGAUGUUUUAAUCUGUCUUGUUACAGAAGAUAUUUUUGAAGAACGUUACUAACUAAGAAUGUAACUAAACUGUUUCGGUCCCUAUAAUUUUUGUCCAUGAAGUCGAUGGGAAGUGAAACUUUUUUUUAUUUUUUUAUUUUAUUUUUUUUUCGUUUUGGAAGAACAAUGUUAAUAACUAAACUGUUUCAGUCUCCAAUGACUUCAGUUUAUUUUAUUUUUUUCAUACAAUGGAAGUGAAUAGGAACUGAAAUUGGUUGGUUAAUAACAUUUUUCAAAACAUCUUUUUGAAGUUAAUUUCAAUCUGUCUUUUCAAUCUAUUCUUUUGAAGAAUGUCGAUAACUAAAAAGUUCGGUCUGUAUUGACCAUGAAAUGGAAGUCAAUGGGAACCAAAACUAUUUGGUUACCAACAUUCUUCUAAGUAUCUUCUUCUGUUUUCUGCUGAAAGUCACACAGGUUUGGAAUGACGUGAGGGCGAGUGGUUUUUGGGUGGUCUUAUCUCUUGAAACAAAAUGUGUUUUUGGAAGUAUAGGGCUCUCAGUGAAAUGGUUAUUAGGGAUCAGAAGGAACCGGUAAAUAUCAGAGCUAAAUGCUAAAAUCCUCCUGCUGAUUACAUACACACACAUUAAUCACACAGCACCUGUUUUUAAGUUCUCCACAGCUUGAUGACACGAUGUACACAGAGAAACACACAUUUAUACAGCGUCUAUCUUAUUUUAUUACUUUGUUUGUUUGUAAAUACUGUAAAAUGCAUUUUGAUAUCAUUGACAUGUUUUGAUAUUUCAGUCACUACCAAUGAAUACAAUGAGAUCUUGGGGGUAAAAAAAAAAAAAUAAUGUAAAGGAAGAACCCAUGUUUGUAGUUAAAGAGUCACCAUUCUCUGUCUUUGACUCUGUACAGAUGUACUAAAUCAUGCAAAUGUAAAGUUUUGUCAGCCUCUACUUAGUAAACGACGUCUGAGCGCUCAUGUUUUAGGAGAACAGGAAAGUAAGGGGUGUUUGAAGCGGUACCGUUCGCUCCUUGUAGACUAGACACUCACAGGAGGGACGUAUGUGGAGGGCGAAAGCCUCACGAUGCAUCCGUUCUCUCUCGGACGUGUCCUCACUUUGCACUUUCCAGACAGCAGCCCACCUUUUAACACAUUGCCUAUGUGGACAUACAUGAACACAGGACUUGUCUCUUUAUGUGCAAAAGGGACCACACAUUGCAAACUUUACUAUGAAGGAUUUUUAUCUAUUUAAAUGAAAAAAAUGCAAACAAAAAAAGGUUUAAAAACUUGUUCGGAGUAGGGAUUUUAAAAAAAGGUAAUAAAAUGAAAAUGUUCUCUUGAGAUAGUGUUUUAUAGGUUGCGGUUUCUUCUCCUCAGCCAGUCCUCCGUAUGUAAACCGCUCACGUCGUUGGCCAUCUCUGUAAUUCUGUUGUGACGCUGUACGAUACUGUAACAUUAGCAAGGAGACGACGUGCGGAGGGGCUUCAGAUGUGGGAAAGAAAAAAAAAUCCUCCUUCACUGUUGUUCUUUCUGACAAAUGAAAAGCAGUAUUGAGUAUAAAGCAGUCUGUCUCCUGGGUUUGCUUUGUAUUUCAUGUUUAGGGUAGUUCGGAUCCUUGUCUUAGGGACUCUUUCUGUCUUGUGUAGUAAAUUAAGAUGUUCUUUGUAUGUUUCUUUAUAUUGUAAAGUUUCUUUUAGAUUUAAAAGUUGCUUAUUAAAAAAGGAUGGAAAAAGUGCUUCAAUAAUGUAUUUCUUUUCGCUCUUUGGUUUCUUUUUUCAUGGAGUUGUUGCUUAUUUUUUGCUUGUCCCUUCGUUGUAGAUACAAAUUUAAGACUAAUAAAAUAACAUAACCCCUUUUACCAAGACUUUCUGCUCUCCCAGCUCUUAAUUUAUUAUUAAAACAAUUUAUUUUGAAAUGUGUGUGUUCCUUUUAUGCGUCCUGUUCACUUCACCUGCUUUUGUAAACUACCGUUUUUAAGAUUUUUAAUUUUAUUAAAGUCUCUUAUGCUGACAUUUCACUGCUUUUCAUUAAAUUCAUUAAAACAUUUAUAUUGUGAAGUAUUAUUAAAAUAACUAAUAGCUAUAUAAUCUAAUGUAUUUCUAAAAAGUCAUUUAUUCCUAUGAUGGCAAAGUUUUCAGCAUCAUU